AGAUUCUUGGGUCCACGGUCCACUGAACUAUACUGAUACAAUAACCCGGUUUACAUAGGACUGCCAAACUGUGUGUUAUGCUGAUUGUGCAGCUUUCAUCAUGAAGUACAGUAUUUGCAUGGUGUCAGAUUUCUUCUAUCCAAACAGUGGUGGGGUUGAGGCCCAUGUGUUUCAGCUGUCUCAGUGCCUUUUGGCUAUGGGUCACAAGGUCAUUGUGGUCACACACAGCUAUGGAAGCCGUGUUGGCAUUCGCUACAUGACCAGUGGCCUGAAGGUGUAUUACUGCCCCUACAAGACGUUCUACAAGGGCUGUGUGCUGCCGACCAUGCUGACCACCCUGCCUCUGCUGAGGAACAUCUUCAUCCGGGAGCAGGUGGACAUCGUACACGGUCACUCAGCAUUCUCCACGCUGGCGCACGAGGCGAUGCUGCACGCCGGCAGCAUGGGUAUCCGGACGGUGUUCACGGACCACUCGCUGUUCGGCUUCGCUGACACGUCGGCGAUUGUCACCAACAACUUCCUCCAGGUCUCGCUGGCCCAGGUCGACCACUGCAUUUGCGUCUCCUAUACCGGGAAAGAAAACACGGUGCUACGAGCGAACGUGACCUCACACCGAGUCUCCGUGAUCCCAAACGCGGUGGACAGCGCCGCCUUCACGCCGGAACCUUCUCGCCGGAGCUCAGAUAGGAUCACGGUCGUCAUGGUGUCCCGACUGGUGUAUCGGAAAGGAGCAGACCUGCUCGCCGGCCUGAUCCCGCUGGCAUGCCGCAAACACGACAAACUGCAUUUUUUGAUCGGAGGCGACGGACCAAAACGGUCCAUGCUUGAAGAAAUGACUGAGAAGAAUCAGCUGAGUGAUCGGGUCACUUUCCUGGGCGAACUGAAGCAUUCCGAGGUGCGAGAUGUGCUGGUGCAGGGCGACAUCUACAUCAACUGCUCGCUGACAGAGGCUUUCUGCAUAGCCAUUGUCGAGGCGGCCUCCUGCGGACUGCAGGUGGUGAGCACACGCGUCGGCGGGGUGCCGGAGGUCCUGCCUCCCGACCAGAUCUGGCUCACCGAACCCACAGUCGAAUCCCUUCUGUCCGGGCUGGACGCGGCCGUGGCGGAGGCCGGCCGGCCGAGCGCCCUGUCCGCCUGGGACCGGCACCGGCGCGUGGCUAGCAUGUACCGCUGGCAGGAGGUGGCCGCCCGCACGCAGGACGUGUACGAUAUCGUGUGGCGGACGCCGCGGCGGGACCAGCGCAGCCAGACGAUGAGGUACUUGUCCUCGGGGCCACUCUCGGGAAAAUUCAUGAUCGCUGUCCUCUUCCUGCUUCGGCUGUAUUCAGCAUUCCUAGAAUGGUUUCAGCCGAGAGAGGACAUCGAGCUAGCGGCGGACUGGCAACGGGGCUUUCGCAGCGCAAAUCAACCGCUACAGCAUUGAUUAGCUCAAGAAGCUACACUGUAGCAGCGCAGUGUCGACUCGAGGGUUCAACAUUCUAACGUUUUGCUUUUAGGAAUGUGGCCGUGUUAGCUAAUUGGAUGAAACCUGAUAUAUUUAGAGAACCAUUGAUAAUGCCUCACAUCAAACUAGUGGUACAUGAGGCUGUUUCGGCUCACGAGCAUCUGGAGUAAGCUAUCUGCAGUGAACAGUUUGUAAUUGUGGACCUUGUUGGUCAUAUUACUAGUCACAGUGUUCAAAAUGUGUGUAUUGUCAUGGAGCAACCAGAAAAGUAGGAAACAUAGUGCUUUGCACUGUUAGCAGAAACAAGACUUGUGUACUGCCAUCAUGUUUGUUCUUGUUGCUUGAGAGUUGAGCAAUAUCAAGAAAGUGGGUGUGAUCUUACAACCUACUGACUGCUUGUUAACUUGCUAUGUGCUAUGGUUUACAUUGACUUUGUCAGCAACUUUAUAAAUAAAAUGCUCACUUUGUAUUUGCAAGA